AUGGAUCCCCAUCUGAACCCCAACCUGAUGGGGCCUGGCGUUGAGCUGGACCCAGAGGCGCUGGCUGGGGCCGUACCUGAGACAGUGCACCUGAUGGAGGGCAUGUUCUCAGAGCUCCACAGCGCAGUGUCAGAAGUGGGCAUUCCUGUGACCGCCACACAUUUUGAUCUGCAGGAGGAGAUGCUUUGGAUGGGCAAUCACAGAGGUCAUGCCACGUCUUUCUUUGGUCCUACAAUGGGGCGAUACUCGUCUUUUCAAGUGCAUGCAACAGACGAUAUCCGUCACAUUCAAAGCCUAGAGACUGGAGUGCUGUUUCUGUCCAAAAAUGACCUGAAAUGCUGCACCCGAGGAGGCAUAGUUAUGUUUGAUUAUCCGAUGGAGGAGGGGGCAGACAUGCACAGUCUCCUCAUGACAGACAACAAUUCUGUUCUUAUGGGUGGACUGCAGAACUACGUAGUUCAAGUUGAUUUAAAUUCAGUUCAAGAGACGCAAAAGUUCACUGUUGAGGUCCCUGGGGUUGCGAUAAUGAGACAAACGGGUCGGUUCUUUUUCUGUGGACACACUUCUGGAAAGGUCACGCUUCGAGAUCUGCGCAGCUUCAAGACGGAGCACGAGUUUGACGCCUUCUCUGGGAGCCUCUCCGAUUUUGACGUGCACGGGAAUCUGCUGGCCGCAUGUGGCUUUUCCAGCCGUGGCAUGAACGGUUUGGCCUGUGACCGUUUCCUCAUGGUGUUCGACCUGCGGAUGAUGCGAGCCGUGACCCCGCUGCAGGUUCACAUCGACCCCCUGUUCCUGCGCUUCAUCCCCACAUACACAUCCCGUUUGGCCAUCAUCUCGCAGACGGGCCAGUGCCAGUUCUGCGAGCCCACUGGUUUGGCUAACGUGGCUGACAUUUUCCAUGUGAACACGGUGGGGCAGCUGCUCAUGAGUUUCGAUGUGUCGUCCAGUAAACAGGCGCUGGCCUUUGGAGACUCGGGGGGCUGCGUGCACCUCUGGUCUGAUGCCCCCGAGGUCUCCUUCAACGAUUAUUCCAGAGAGACAGAGUUUGCGCUCCCGUGUAUCGUGGACAGUCUGCCUCAGCUGGACUGGAACCAUGACCUCCUACCUCUGUCUCUGAUCCCAACACCCCUCACCUCUGCUGAGCCACUGAUGUCGGACUGGCCCACCCACGCAACGCCCUGCCCAAGACGCGCUCCUCCGGUGGAUCCAGAGAUACUGCGCACGAUGAAGACUGUGGGCUUUAUUGGAUAUGCUGCUAAUCCACGUACUCGGCCUCGUAACCAGGUGCCAUAUAAGAUCAAGGACGUGGAGCAGGAAUACGACAGCUACAACCAGAUUCCAGAGUCUCCGAUCGGCCGCGAUGAGGAACCCCACCUCUACAUGGUCCCCAAGAAAUUCAGAAAGGUCACAAUCAAAUACUCCAAACUUGGACUGGAGGAUUUCGACUUCAAACACUACAACAGGACGCUCUUUGCUGGUCUGGAGCCGCACAUCCCAAAUGCCUACUGCAACUGCAUGAUUCAGGUGUUGUAUUUCCUGGAGCCAAUCCGCUGCCUGGUGCAGAACCACUUGUGUCAGAAGGAGUUCUGUUUGGCCUGUGAGCUCGGCUUCCUCUUCCACAUGUUUGACUUGUCUCGAGGAGAUCCCUGCCAGGCCAGUAACUUCCUGCGAGCGUUCCGUACAAUCCCGGAGGCUUCGGCGUUGGGGCUAAUCCUGGCGGACUCAGACGAGCAGACGGGGAAGGCCCGUCUGGGACGCCUCAUCCAGAGCUGGAACCGCUUCAUCCUCACACAGCUGCACCAGGAGACCCAGGAGCAGGAGGGACCACAGGCCUACAGGGGCACCAGCAGCGCUCUGGGCUCGUCUGGGGACUCUGCCAUCGGAAAACUGUUCGGCUGCGAGGUGGAGAACAGCAGCUUGUGUCGAUGUGGGAAAGAGACUGUGCGCUCCUCUCUCACCCUGCUGUUCACCAUGCACUACCCUGAACACAGCUCUCAAGAUAAAGUGAAGGAAUAUGAUUUUGCUGAAAUAUUGAAGAGGAGCAUUUGCCUGGAGCAGAGCACUCAGGCGUGGUGUGAAAACUGUGAGAAAUACCAACCCACGGUUCAAACUCGAAACAUCCGCUGUCUCCCUGACGUCUUGGUCAUAAACUGCGAAGUGAACAGCGCCAAAGAGGCAGAGUUUUGGAGAAUCCAGGCUGAGUAUGCGUUCAACAAAGCCAUGCAGAAACAGGCCAGCGAGCCCCCCAAACCCAAGGAGCCGCCUCCCCCCAUGCCGACAGAGUGGUGUCUGGAUGAGGCAGAGCUGUGCAGCGUGGAGGGCCUCAGCAUGGACACUCGGGCUGAAGACCUGCGACACGUGUGGAUUCCUCUGACUCUCAAAAUGUGCAUCAGUAAAACUCAGGGACUGGAGAUCAGCAGCUGGAACGAGCCUGACGAGCUGAGUGCGGAGGAGGAGGCGGAGGGAGCGUCUCUGUAUGAUCUGGUGGUGACCGUGCCUCACAUCCUGGACACUCGCACCGGAGGAAACCUGAUCGCUCACAUCAAAGUGGGAGAGACGUAUCAUCAGCGCAAAGAGGGUGUGACACAUCAGCAGUGGUACCUUUUCAACGAUUUCCUCAUCGAACCAAUAGAUAAGACUGAAGCUGUGCAGUUCGACGUGAGCUGGAAGGUUCCGGGGAUUCUUUAUUACGCCAAGAGGAACUACCACACAAAAUACGACUUACGCAUAAAGAACCCCAUCGAUGCGAGCGUGCUGCUCACAGAAGCAUCUUUGGCUCGAAAGCAGAGGAAGAGCCACGCCACCUUCAUCCCCCUGAUGGUCAGCGAGAUGCCACAGGCCGGAGAUCUGGUCGGGCUGGACGCUGAGUUUGUCACACUGAACCAGGAAGAAGCAGAGCUGCGCAGUGACGGAACCAAAUCCACCAUUAAACCCAGUCAGAUGUCUGUGGCUCGGAUCACCUGCGUCAGGGGCCAGGGCGCCAAUGAGGGCGUGCCCUUCAUCGACGACUACAUCUCCACCCAAGAGCAGGUGGUCGACUACUUGACUCAGUAUUCGGGCAUCAAACCUGGAGACCUGGACGCUAAGAUCUCCUCCAAACACCUGACCACUCUGAAGUCCACUUACCUGAAGCUGCGGUUUCUCAUCGACACUGGAGUUCGCUUUGUGGGACACGGGUUACAGAAAGACUUUCGGGUCAUCAACCUCUUUGUUUUGAAGGACCAAGUCAUAGACACUGUCCACUUGUUCCAUUUGCCCAGAAAAAGGAUGAUUUCACUUCGGUUCCUCGCCUGGUACUUCCUGGACCUGAACAUCCAGGGGGAGACUCAUGACAGCAUUGAAGACGCGCGCACAGCUCUGCAGCUCUACAGGAAAUACCUGGAGCUGAGCCGCGGCUCUGACGACGUGAGGAAAGUGCUCAAGGGGUUAUAUGAGAAAGGACGAACACUGGACUGGAAGGUGCCAGAGGCUGAGACUGCGCCAGAGGGACAAGGUGCAGCCGUGUUCCCCUCUGUGAUGGGACUGUGA